GUCGUCUGCGGCCCAUGCUUCUCGCCCUGCCGAGCGCCAGCGCGCUUGCCUCUGCCGCUGCUCAGACGCCUGGCGUGAGCAGCCGGCCUUGCUGCUCAGCGGGACCGCGGCGCCGCUCACCUGGUCGUGCGUGCAGCGUUCUGUCGCGCCAGACGACGCGCCAGGAGCAUCUCGAGGCGGUCCGCCUGGCCGUCGACGGCCUCGAGGAGCGUGGUGAGGUACAUGCUGCUGAGACGAAGAUGAGGAGGUGGUGGUGGAUGGUGAGCACGCCUACUGGCAGCCAUCCACGCGGUGCGCAUUGCCAAUGGCCCACGGCAUGCUUCGCGCCUCGACUCGUCUCCUGCUCGCUGCCAGCUGGCAUCUCCCUGGCCUUGCAGCCCGCACGCAGCGCAGGCGCAGAGCUAGAACGCUAAUGUGGUGGACAAGCGAGCGGCCAGGCCCGUGCGUGCGACACGUCGCUGCUCAGGUGCCCCUGCCUCGGGACGCGAGCUCGCGUGUAGAGUGCGGGGCCAGAAUGCGGUGCACCCGCGGGGCAGGGGCUCGAGUGCACACACACCUCUGUGAGGCCGCGGGGCGCGGACGCUUCGCCGGCGCAGCGGCAGCGCAGACAGCACGCACCACCACGACGAGCGAGAGAGGCGAGGUGCGGCUGUCGUGCCGCUGCCUGCCGCUGUCGCUGUCGCUGAGGCGCGGCGGCGGGGCUCGGCAGCGGCAGCCGCGGCGCGCUGAACUGCGGGGAAGUGCGGGGUGCAGGCAGCCGGGUGCUGCCGCUCUGCGGGCGCCUUCCCACUCUCACACUCAGACUCUGCUUGCACCCCGUUCAACACUCCAGAGCGGCAGGCGCAGGCUCGCCUCCGCGUCUGCCGCUGCAGCACCAGUGCCGCCAUCCUGGCUCGCGCCCCGGAGGCGCUCAGCAGGCCGGUGAAGCCACCUGCGACAGCACCGUCGUCGAGACGUGCACGUGCGCGUCAGAGCCAUCGGCUGGCAACGGCAGGUGCUCGCUCUCGCGUACCCUUAUUUGCAGACUACUCGAACAAGAAGAAACGGCCAGCCGCAGUCUUGUCCGGUUGACAUCGAUGAUGACAGGUCGACUCUGCCGUUGUCGCCGGCAGGCGGAGACGGGCGCUGGCGCUCCUCGACAAGCGCAGGGGAGUGGACUCUCUCGCUGCUGUCCUGCGCGGACAUUUUCACGU